AUCGUCUCCACGAUCAGUUGGUUAAAGUAUAUCGUUGCGUACGGACAAAUUUUGGAAUUUUGAGCCGUUUUGAAUUUUGUGCAUUCAGCCAGCAUUGGAUUCAGCUGCCACCCAGUGCAAUCGAGAAGCAUUAAUCUCAAGUCGCCAAAACGUAUUGUUUUUAAGUGUUGCGAAAAAAAUAAAUUUUGAAUAGUUUAAUCGCUGCCGUCACUCACAUCAACUGUUUGUGUCACAAAAAAAAAAAAAAAAAAAACAUAAAAAUGUCGGUGCUACGUACUAUGCUGUUGUUGGCGUUGGGCGCCACCAUGACUUUGGCUCAAAGACGUCUAGCAUUGCCAGAUCCCAGGAGUUGUUCUAAUCGUGUUCGUCAUGCCUCUUACCGCGAUGCUCGUGGUGUUAGCCAUUCGUACUUCUUCAGUUGGGAGCAUGCACCAACCCGCAGUCUCGAGGUCGAUUGGUUGGAUGCUCGUAACAUUUGCCGUCGCCAUUGUAUGGAUGCCGUGUCGCUGGAAACACCUCAAGAGAACGAGUUCAUCAAGCAGCGUAUAGCACGCGGCAAUGUUCGUUACAUUUGGACAUCGGGUCGUAAGUGUAACUUCGCCGGCUGUGACCGUCCCGAUUUGCAACCACCAAAUGAAAAUGGCUGGUUCUGGUCCGGAUCAGGUGCUAAAAUCGGUCCCACCUCUCAACGCAACACUGGCGAUUGGUCAUCCACUGGUGGCUACAAUCAACCUCAACCCGAUAAUCGUGAAGCUGCCCAGGGUAACGAUGAAUCGUGUCUCUCGAUUUUGAACAACUUCUACAACGAUGGCAUCAAAUGGCACGAUGUGGCUUGCCAUCAUUUGAAACCAUUCGUCUGCGAAGAUUCCGAUGAGUUGUUGAACUUUGUGCGCUCACGUAAUCCUGGAUUGCGUAUUUAAAUAAAUUGAAUUUUAAGAUUUUCUUGGAAAACAUCCGAAAAAAUCAACCAGCCAAGCCCUUAAAACAAAAAUUGGAUCUGCGUCUCUCAACAAAAAAAUCUCAUUUAUUUUAUUUGGUUAUUUCGUAUUUGAGAAUUAAGCAUUUCUCUUCUACCACCACCUCACCCUUGUCUCAUUCAAAAUUGAUGCUCCUCUGACUAGAAAAUGAAAGCAGAAGCAGAAACAAACAUUUUUUUUAAUUUUAAGUUUAUUUCUAAAAAACAAAACAAAAAAUAAUUUAUAUUUUACCCUCUAAAAAACGACAACAACAUAUGAAAUCUGUUAUUGUUUAUUUUUUUCAUGAUUUGUUAUAAAAGAAAUUUGAUAUGGAUUAUUUUGUUUUUUAUGUUAAAUAGUUUUAAAAAAUCGUUAUAUUUUAUUCUAAACAACAAAAACCAUCAUCACAUUUUAUUCUUCCUCUUACUUAUUUUUAUUCUUCUUCUUCUGUAUUCGGUGUGAACCAUGUUUAUUUUCUGUCUACAAAACAAAAAACAAUCAUUUAAAUUGCAUUUAUUUAAUAAAGA